AUGGCGCGGACCGGAGGUAAAAGCGGCGGCGGCGGCAGCGGCAGCGGCAAGAAAGGUCUGAAACGGAAAGCCGUUCCUGAGGAGCCUCAAGAGACUGCAGUCGCUGACGAUGGGACGACGGAGAGCGGGGCGCAGCCCUCGAAAGCGACGGCCUUUCCCCCCGGCUUCAGCAUUUCGGAGAUUAAGAACAAGCAGAGGCGACACCUGAUGUUCACCCGGUGGAAACAGCAGCAGAGGAAGGAAAAGUUGGCAGCUAAGAAAAAACUUAAAAAAGAGAGAGAGGCCCUCGGUGAUAAGGCUCCACCGAAACCUGUUCCGAAGACUAUUGACAAUCAGCGAGUCUAUGAUGAAACUAUAGUAGAUCCUAAUGAUGAGGAGGUUGCUUUUGAUGAAGCUACAGAUGAAUUUGCCUCUUACUUCAACAGACAAACUUCUCCCAAGAUCCUCAUCACAACAUCAGAUAGACCUCAUGGGAGAACUGUAAGACUCUGUGAUCAGCUCUCCACAAUUAUACCAAAUUCUCAUGUUUAUUACAGAAGAGGACUGGCUCUGAAAAAAAUCAUUCCACAGUGCAUCUCAAGAGAUUUCACAGAUCUGAUUGUUAUUAAUGAAGAUCGUAAAGUACCAAAUGGAUUAAUUUUGAGUCACUUACCAAGUGGUCCAACUGCCCAUUUUAAAGUGAGCAGUGUUCGUUUACGUAAAGAAAUUAAGAGAAGAGGCAAGGACCCAACGGAACACAUACCUGAAAUAAUUUUGAAUAAUUUUACAACACGGCUAGGUCAUUCUAUUGGACGUAUGUUUGCAUCUCUCUUUCCUCAUAAUCCUCAAUUUAUUGGAAGGCAAGUUGCUACAUUUCACAAUCAGCGGGAUUAUAUCUUUUUCAGAUUUCACCGGUACAUAUUCAAGAGUGAAAAGAAAGUUGGAAUUCAGGAACUUGGACCACGUUUUACCUUAAAAUUGAGAUCUCUUCAGAAAGGAACCUUUGAUUCAAAAUACGGAGAAUACGAAUGGGUCCAUAAGCCCAGAGAGAUGGAUACAAGUAGAAGAAAAUUCCAUUUAUAAGAAGUUGAGGAACAGAAGCAAUAGCACAGUGGGUAGGGCACUUGCCUUGCUCACAACCAAUCUGGAUUCAAUCUCUGGCAUCCCAUACAACCCCUCUGAGUAUCUCCAGGAAUAAUCCUGAGCAUUACCAGAUGUGGAGCACACCCCACCUCCUAAUAUCAAGGAAAUCCAAUGUUAAUGUUGAAUUUGUGAAAGAUACCUUUUAAUGUAAUAUUUACUAUUUUUUAUGCCUGAACAUGUUAUUAUGUCAUUAACUACCAGUAUUUGUUUGUAUAGCAAAUAAAAGUCAUUUUGCUGAAGGUUCAGAA